AUGAAUUUUGUCACAUUUAACCAGGACUACAGCCAUCUGGCUGUUGGUACUACACAAGGAUUCCGCAUAUAUACUACGGAUCCCUUUGGGAAAAGCUACGAACAUAAGGAAGGGAACAUAGCCCUGUUGGAAAUGCUAUUCUCAACUUCUCUUGUCGCUGUGAUUCUCUCCCCACGACGGUUGCAGAUCAUGAAUACAAAGCGCGUCAUUUGCGAGCUCACAUUUCCGACCACCGUUUUGGCCAUUCGCUUAAAUCGGAAACGCUUAGCAAUUGUACUGGAAGACCAGAUAUAUAUCUACGAUAUCCAGACCAUGAAACUCUUCUAUACCAUAGAUACAUCACCAAACCCAAAUGCUAUCUGCGCCCUGUCACCUUCGUCUGAUAAUUGCUACCUCGCCUACCCACUUCCGCAAAAGGCUCCGCCCCCCAGCUUCUCUCCGCUCCCGCACACCCCUCCGACCAAUACUCAUAUUCCCCCGACGAGCGGUGAAGUCCUUAUAUUUGAUGCAUAUAAACUCGAGGCUGUCAACGUGGUGGAAGCACACAAGUCGCCAUUAUCGUUCCUUGCAAUCAAUACAGAAGGCAACCUUCUAGCGACUGCUUCCGACAAAGGAACAAUCAUCCGCGUUUUCUCCGUCCCUGCUGCCCACAAACUGUAUCAGUUCAGGAGGGGGUCGAUGCCAUCGAGGAUAUUUAGCAUGUCUUUUAAUAUCACAUCGACGCUACUGUGCGUGUCGUCGGCCACAGAAACCAUCCAUAUCUUCAGGCUAGGCCAGCAACAAGGCUCCUCCAAGGGUAAUAGCCCAAACCGCAAUCGCGAAUCUAACCGUGGGUCUGGGGAUGAUUCCGACUCAUUGGGCUCAGAAAUCUCUUCUAGGAAGCACAACGGCACGCUGAUGGGAAUGCUUCGUCGCACGUCACAAAACGUGGGCAACACUUUUGCGGCUACUGUAGGUGGAUAUUUGCCAAAAGGUGUGACCGAAAUGUGGGAGCCGGAGCGGGAUUUCGCCUGGAUAAAGUUACCCAAGUCAAUUGGCGGCAACGGUGGUUCAGGAAGUGUCCGGACUGUCGUUGCAAUGAGUAGCAAUACACCCCAGGUGAUGGUAGUGACGGCUGAGGGCAGCUUCUAUGUGUUUAACAUUGAUCUCUCUAAAGGAGGUGAGGGCACUCUGGUGAAGCAUUAUUCAGUACUGGAUUCGAAUGAUCGGUUAAGUUGA